CUUAAUUUAUUUCUCUCUCAACUCCUUGCAUCGCAAUCCAUCGAAACAUAACCAUUCCACCGAUGCCGAUAUCCAUCCACCUUCCGAUGCUUCUCUUCAUUUGCUUCCUGAUCUCACCGACUAUUCUCACCGCCAGACCGCUCAUGGUGGAGCCGGAACUUAACCUAGCACUUCCAGGAGCUCUGAUGGAGAAAAUUAGUUCCGAUUCUGAUAGCGCUGUAGACAAGAAGCAAAACGUUCCAUGUGAAAUGAGUUCUGCAAACGAUUUGAAGAGAUUCGGAGCAGGAAAUUAUGGAAGUUUGUUUCUGAGCGCUCUUCCGAAAGGGAUGACCGUGCCGCCGUCUGGACCAAGCGGGAGAACCAACGCCGUGAACAAUUAACAGGUUGUUAAUUCCAUAGAUUUAUUUCGUUACCAGAAAAAUAUACAAGUAAGAAAUAUUUAUAGAAUUAUAGAUACAAAUGGACUUGAUCAUCAAGUUACUUUGAUUCGUUAAGUCUGUUUAGAUCUCCCGAAUUUGUUAGUUCGUUGUUCCUUGACAUUCGUAGUCUUCAGAUGUACAUAAUCUUUCUCCCUAUACAAUAAUUCUGCGUGUUUAAUUAAUCAUUGAUUGAUGCAACAUAAUCAUUAAUGAUUACUGAAAUUCAUAUCUUCAUGAUCGCAGUUC